GGCUACUUGCAGAUAUUAUGCCCUCUUAUAAAUUGAUAUUGACAACCAUGUCCUUCCAUAAGAGAUGAUGUGGAAGCUGUUUGCUCUGAUAAUAGCCGCCCACGACGUCUGAGUCUCUUACAGCACCAGUUGCGUAUUAUAUAACGGUGCUCUUCAAUCGGUGUUAACGAACUCUCAACUCUCAAAGGUGACUGGGUUCUGGGGAUAAUAACAUAGAUAGAUGUUCCAUAAGCCUCCAACAGUAUCCUCUGCUUUGUGGGAACCAUAUCAGAAAGGUGCUUGCCUCUGUACCGUUGAGUUCAAGCGAACUCAACUAUCAGCUGCGAGUUCAUAUAGUGUCGGGUUCAAGUUUGAGCAUGGAAAGCUUCAUAAAGGAGGAAGUAUUUUGGGAACUAUCUUUUCUGCCAGUAGGAAGCCCAGGGUAGAACCAACCUUAAGGAAGCGAGAAACAUAUCCCCAAAAUGUGGAUCUUCCACCCGUACUACCUAAGCAAAAGAAGAAACCCUAUCCUAUUCCCUUCAAGAAGAUCAAGCAGGUUGCAAAGAAGGACAAAAAACUUGCAGAAAUGGGUAUAGAGAAGCCCCUCGACCCUCCGAAAAAUGGAUUACUUGCCCCUGAUUUAAUUCCUGUUGCUUACCAAGUACUAGAUGCGUGGAAAGUUUUAAUUAAAGGCCUUGGCCAGCUGUUGUAUGUUAUUCCUGUAUACGGCUGCAAUGAAUGCUCUGAGGUUCAUGUGAGCCACUCUGGUCAUCACAUGCAGGACUGUCUUGGCCCAACCAAUUCCAAGCGCCGAAGCUUCCAUUCCUGGAUUAAGGGUUCUAUCAAUGACAUACUUGUACCCAUCGAGGCAUAUCAUCUGUAUGAUCCUUUUGGUCGGCGCAUUAAACAUGAAACUAGAUUUCAAUAUGACAGGAUUCCAGCUAUCGUGGAGCUGUGCAUCCAAGCUGGUGUGGAAAUACCGGAGUACCCUUCACGUCGAAGAACCAAACCUAUCCGAAUGAUUGGAAGGAAAGUAAUUGAUCGUGGUGGAUUGGUUGAGGAGCCACAGCCAUGGCGCGCUGCGAAUCCAUCUUCACUUGUUGAUCUCGAUACACAUGGGGCUUGUGAGCGGUUUCCACCUCCCCUGCCAUCAGACAUUCCCAAGAUUGCACAGGAGACAAUGGAUGCAUAUGAAACUGUGAGGUUCGGGGUCACGAAGCUGAUGAAGAAAUACACUGUGAAGGCAUGUGGGUAUUGCACAGAGGUUCAUGUUGGACCUUGGGGUCACAACGCAAAGCUUUGUGGGGAAUUCAAGCACCAAUGGAGGGAUGGGAAGCAUGGUUGGCAAGACGCUACCGUGGAUGAAGUUUUCCCACCAAACUAUGUAUGGCAUGUCAAAGACCCUAAAGGGCCUCCAAUGAAAGGGGGUGCACUCAAGAAGUUCUAUGGGAAGGCUCCUGCGGUGGUAGAGGUAUGCUUGCAGGCAGGUGCACAGAUCCCUGAGAAAUACAAACCCAUGAUGAGGCUUGACAUUGUAGUCCCUGACAGUGAGGAGGCACUGUUAGUUGCUUGACGAUAUGACUUUGUUUUUGUGCAGCAUACUGUGAAGAUUGUAUAUUAUUGUGUGCAAACUCUGAAUCUUUACUGUAAAUCUUUGAGGCUUGUGUGCAAACUGUGGCAUCAUGAUCAUCACUUCAUCAGAAGAAAAUGGCACUCUGGCCACUACUAAAUCA